AUGCUCUUCCAUCCCACUGUAUGCACUCACGACGGCGUUCUUGUAGCUUCCUUGAAUACCGUCAACCCCCUCACCGCAUCGACCAGUGCUCCGCUGAGCACCUCGCCAGGACCGCAACCACUGAUGGCACUUCCGUCGCGUCAGCUCAUUCGAGUUACGCGGGCAGACGGUCCGUUUGCGAAGUUGACUUCGCCGCCGCCGCCGCACUCACAAGGUUCUGUGCCUUCGACAUCGCUAAACCUCAACGGUAGCGCUCCAAGUGCACAACCAACCAAUGCCGGCAGCCCAGCCGUUUUUCACAGCGUCGAAAAGCUUCUGAUCGCUGGUGGUAACGCUGGAAAUGCCUUUCCGCUCCACCCUCAACAUCCGCAAUAUCAUUCGCUUGGUGGGGGUGGCGGUAUCAGCGGCCCCGGCAAUGCCAGCCCCAUGCCGCCGGCCACCGUCUCACCGUGCCCUUGGAACUUAAUGCCACCACCUCCUUCGCCGUCCGUUUAUGUGGUAUUAUCUCACGGGUCAACACCAGCAGCACUACAACCCGGAGUCGCGUUAGCACCAGCGCCACCACCACCACCACCGCCACCGAUAGCCGCUGUAGUGAGCAGGCAUGGCAAUGGAAUGAUGUACGGUCUUGGCGAGUGGUACGAAGGGAUUGUUAAGCGAUACAACCCGAUGCGUGGCUUCGGCUUUCUUACGGCAACGCAUCAUCUACAAGUUACUUCGCCUAGUGGAGGUAGUGGGACUUUCAGUGAUGGUAAUGCUGACGGCAGGUCACAGCAGCAGCAGCAAACCACACCACCGCAACCCACUCUAGAGAGGACACCAGUGGCUGUCGGCGAUGUUUUUGUGCACCAGUCGUACAUCCGAAUGCAUGGCUUCCGCGCACUCAGCGCAGGUGACCGCGUAGCCUUCCGUGUUGGAAAACUUCCGGGUAAAGAUGCCAAUCAGGCCGUUUCUGUUCAACUUCUCGCCACCGCACGACCGGUGUUGCCAUCGACACCAGCGGGGGAGGGAGAAGAAGCGCGAGUCUCGUCAUCAGAAGUGGUGCAAGCAGUACCCUCUGAGUUCUUCCUUCCGCAAGACCUGAAGGAUCAAAAGUGCGGUGUGUUUGAAAAUGGCUACGAUGCUGAAGGCUGCGAUGAUUUCGGUGGAGAUAUCACUCACUCUAGUAUACCUAUGGAACACGUCGGUGCGUCCAUUGCCGAGCAAUUUGCUUCUGACGCUGGUGUUGUGCCUGAAGCGCCCCUCAACGAUAUAAGUGAUGUGGACUACGAUAACGCGGGGCAAACAAAUAUAACAUCUGGAAGAGAUAUCAACGGUGAUGGCUGCCAGGUUGAGAGGGCAGAUGAUGUUGUGACUCAAUGCCACAACCUCUCAUUCACCGCCCCAUCAGAUGACGUUGCAACAAUUUCUGAGUCUGCUAACUUGGGCGUUGAUGCCAAAGUAACCGCCUCUUGGGGGUUUUCGGCUACAAACAUCAAUGGACACAGGCCAUUUGGUAGCUUUGAUGACAAUUGA